CCCUCUCUUGGCAAGGCACCCCUAUCGUGUCACCAACGAAGAAAUGUGAGACUGACCCUGAGCGUGACGGCUGUGCUUUACCGCUGUAGAGGCAGCAUAAUCCAGGUGAAGAUGGUCCGUCCCACCAUUGACCGAAUUGUAAUUCCUCUCGCUUCCAAUUCCUCUAUGUGUUCGAGGUUGAAGAAGCCUCCUUUCCUCCGAAAGUUCGUUGGUCGUCGCUCGCUGUUUCUGUGUGUCAGACUGCGACUGCCUGCCUAACUGUGCUCCUCAAUUAGCAUGCACUAAUCCAAAUUCAACCCUCCUUUUGCGUUUCAACUGAGCUCUUCCCUUCCACCCCUCUAUCUCUACACCAGUAUGGACACUCUCGGAAAGGAAGAACAACCGCGCGGUUGGCUCCGUGGGAACGUGCCUGCGAUUCGAACACGAAGGUAUCUGUGGGUCGCAGCUGCCAGUGUGUCGGUCUCCAGCUCUAGGUACCUGCUCGUUGAGCUUAACGUCAAUUUCCCACUCUACUUGUCACUCUUUCAAUUUGCGGCUCUCGCAGCCAGUGUCGCGAUAUCAUAUUCGAUCACGUCCGAUGUAGCGUCACUUCCACUACGAAAUGUCACCGUCGCAGGAUGGACCAAGCUUGCUCUCGCGCUGGUCUCGACGGCUGCAGGCAUAUUACUCGGGCUCCAGUCUCUUUUACACUUUCAGAAUGUGCCUACGCUGAUGAUGCUUACAGCAACUUGCUAUUGCAUGGAAGCAAUCUUCCUCUCCGUCCUUCGCAACGACUCGCGAUCCCGCCUCGAAUUGUGUCGUAUCGCUAUCGCCACGCUCUCCUGCGCCGGCAUCCUCGUAGGCGAAUACAGAUUGCUCCCACAGAACAUCGAGACCGCCAUCCCUGCGGUACUGUUGACUGGAGCUGCAAGAGUCUUCUGGUCCAUGACUUGCCGUUCCUCACGAGAUACAAUUUUAACUACUCGACAGGCCAAUGCGCUCCUCAGUCUGGUCGGAUCGCUGCUUGCUAUUGCGUGUAUCAUCCAUCGUGGUGAUGAGACAAUCGCUCGACUCGGCUCUGCCUUGGAAUACACAUAUCUACCGCUUCUGGCAAUCAAUCUCCUCGCCACUGCAGCGGCCUUACAGAUUGGGAAGUCGUUCCUGGUCCCUAUCGACCUUGCGGAGAAUGACGACGGUCAUGGAAAUAAUACCAGCAACGUGCUCUCUCUUUUGGCAAUGACAGGCAUUGGAGGAUUACUUUCGGUUUCGAAACUUCGUCGAUCGUACACGUCGUGGCCGCAGUAUGCCUUUUUCGCUUUGGUAGUCGUGUUGUUGUCUAGUCGCGAUCUUGCUGCGAGAUAUCGACCCAGAUGGGUUACCAUGUACGACGCUGUACCGAGCGACGUCAAUUUGCAGUCGGUGGACAGUGAGGGCACCUUGUUAUCGCAGCCAUCCGAGAAUUCGGAUGCCACAUACGUCGCACCAGCUUUCGAAGAUCGCAAGACCGUCUUAUUGCGGAUCGUCCUUAUUGCUGUGGCUCUUCCUGCAGCUUGGCUCGCGUACUUCACUCUGAACUUCUCCCAGCACAUGCGCCACGAAACAGUCGAACUGCAACCGAUACUGGAUCUGACUUACACUCCACAUACGAACACUGAGAUCGUCAUUAGCAUGUUUAAGGAACCUACUGAUCAAGUUGCACACCUUGUCUCUGCGCUCAAAGCCAUGGACAAUGUAGGAAGAGAUGCUAGGGUUCACAUUUAUAUCAAGGACAUGAAUGCGAACGUAGAAGAGGUACAGCGGGCCACGGGCGCUAACGAGGUGACGCCUUUGCCUAACAUCGGACGUGAGGGCGAGACAUAUUUGAAGCAUAUCUUAGGCAACUGGGAUACGCUUGCUCGAGAGACGAUUUUCCUCCAGGCCGAUGUCCACAACCCGCGAGAGUUUUAUCCUCGCGUACGCGACUACUUUGUUCCAGGACGGACCGGAAUGCUGAGUCUCGGAUGGUCUGGCCAGGUAUGCAACUGCGAUACCUGCGGUGACCGAUUCAAUUUCUGGGAUACUGCGCAUAUUUUCCCCGAGAUCUCCAACCGCAUCAACAGUGCUGCCAAGUGCGAUAAGGUGCUACUCAGCUACAAAGGCCAGUUCAUCGCAUCGGCGAAACGCAUUCGUGGUGUUUCCAAAGCCAUCUACCAAGAUCUACACGACGCGUUUGUGAACCAGGACAAUUGGGCGCACCAGGAAGAAUAUUUGCAGGGCAGACCAGAUUCGAUGAAUGCACCAGUUUUCGGUUUUACCAUGGAGCGCAUGUGGAACUUGCUAUUCCAAUGCAAUAGCAUGGAGAUCGCAUGGAGAUGUCCGACGUUGCUGAGCGGUCAUCGCAUAGGUGGAAAUAUCGAGGAUUGUCAGUGCUUGGACCCGAAGUCGAAUUCGUAAGGUACAGAAGCCAGCUGGCGAGUGGAGUUUUUCUUUCUUUAUAGCAUAGCAACGGCGUUCGCGGACAGACAGAUACCCGGGUUUGGGCGGAAUCGUGGAUUCGCUUUUGGGUCACAUGCAGGAAGCAGUUUUAGGCAUUGAACCACCAUGGUAGUAGGAGACGUAAGAAGAAAUUACCCAUAACCUAGGCUCGUGCCUUCUGUUCUUCAGCUGCUCGUCUGGCCCUCCACGCAUGAACGCCGAGGCGGCUAGAUCUACGCGACGGAGAUAGCGCUUCCUCCGGUACGCAUGUUGAGCAUUAUGCGCUUCUGGUGUACC